CGCGGUCCCGACGCGGUGGUGUGUUAUAUCCCGGUCUGUGUCUUUCCGGUGUGCGUAAAUUGUCUGCCGCCGCCGCCGCCGGUGUGUAAACAAAAGAAAAUAAAACUCAACUGUGACUACAAACUAUAAAGUUGAACGAGUGCACGAGAGUCAGAGUUCACAUAACUUCUUGUCGCACUGGCUUAGAAUUUAAUCUUAUCUUGUUUAUGAAAGUUUUGCGGCUAUAAAUUUAAAUAUAAACAUUAUCUGUGUUCAUCCAGUGUGUGAGUCAGUGCAGUUUUAGUUGAUAGUCAUAAUAAUGUGAUUUAUAAAGAAGAAUUAACUCAAAACAAUGCAAAACGGCCCUAAUAGCGUGUUUUUUGCCAUUGGCAACACACCCAACCCUCUGGCACACAAUGGAUUUAACAACGGAAACGCCGGCAACAAUAUCAAUAAUAACAACAUCAACCACAACCACAUUGUAAAUGGAGCCGGGGGUGUUGGCGGCGGCGGUGGUGCCGGUGGCGUGCCGCCCGCAUUACCGACGGUGCCGCACGGCCCGCUGCCGCGCAACGUGCAGCGCAACAACAACCACAAUGCGCAGAACCAUCUCAAUGGCAAUCCCACCAAUCUGAUGCCACACAUGCCCAAUUUACCCAAUGGUAAUCCGCCGGCGACGCCGAAACCGAUCCAGAAUGGCAAUGCUAAUACUGUGGUGGUUACCAAUGGGCAUGGUGUGCCAAAUGGGAAUGCAAACCGUCCGCAGGUGGUUGUAAAUGGUAACGAACCUGUUGGUAUUACCAAUACUGGUAUCAGUAAUACCAAGGUGUUACCAUCGCCUAUUUUGACGAAUGCUAACUGUAAUGUGGAUAAUUUGGCGAACAUAACGAAUUUCGCAAAUAUUGCUGAUUUGGCCAAGCUGACGGCGAAUAAUGGGAAUAAUGGAUAUAGACUGUUGUCUGCGCAAGGCAUGGAGACACUGCAGGCGUUCCUGAGGGAACACGGGAAUGAUUGCAUCAGGCAGUUUGUUAAGGAAUUUGCGACGCUCACCAAGGAAUUGAAUGGCGCGCGCGAACAUCUGCUCGAGCGCGAAGAGGAGAUCUCCGAGCUGAAGGCGGAACGCAACAACACGCGGCUGCUCCUGGAACACUUGGAAUGCCUGGUAUCCAGACACGAGCGCUCCUUGAGGAUGACGGUGGUGAAGCGACAGGCGGCCGCGCAGUCGGGCGUGUCGAGCGAGGUGGAGGUCCUGAAGGCGUUGAAAAGUCUCUUCGAACAUCACAAAGCGCUGGAUGAAAAAGUCAGGGAAAGAUUAAGGGUAGCAUUAGAAAGAAAUUCGUCGUUAGAAGAGGAGUUAGCAUUAACCAAAGAAGAAUUGCAACAAUAUAAACUUGGGGGCCCGCCCUCAAAUGUACCUGCUGUAGAAGAUAAACCGAAGGAGAAUGGCCAGAUCGAGUCCGGGGACCAAGUCACGAACAAUAUUUCACAUAAGGCUGCUGGAAAACCACGACUGACGAACGGUGGUGUCGAGUCGGAUACUGAUAGUGCGGCACGCAUCGCCGACCUGCAAACGGCCCUCGAACAACAGACUGGAGAGAUCAGCACGUGGCAGCGGCGCGUCGCCGAGAUGACGAACCGCGUCGGUGAGUUGGAGGAGAAUCUCGCCAAGACGCAGAAGGAGCUUCUCAAGUCCCAGGACGCCAACUCGAAGCUGCAGCGUGAUCUGCGCGAGAAUGUCGCGCAGAAGGAAGACCAGGAGGAGCGCAUCACCACUCUGGAGAAGCGUUAUUUGAGCGCACAGCGUGAGUCCACCUCGCUUCACGACCUCAACGAGAAACUGGAGCAGGAACUGCAGCACAAGGAGGCACAACUGAAGCUGCAAGAGGAGAAGAUCGCCGCCAUUCAGGAGAAGCUCGAGCUGGCCGAACAAAAACUGGCGCAGUUUGCCAAGAUGCCCGAGAUGGAGGAGCAGCUGAAGGCGCGCAUGGAGGCGCUGACGCAGGUGAGAAACCAGGCCCAAGAACGCCACGGUUCCGCAGAGGAUAGGAUCCAAAGGCUCGAAGCCACUUUGGAGGAGAAGAACGCGGAACUCGUUCGCCUUAACCAAAGACUCAAGAUGAACGAGGAGCAUAACACGCGCUUGUCGACCACUGUGGACAAGCUGCUUUCGGAGUCUAAUGAUCGUCUGCAGGUGCACCUCAAGGAACGCAUGCACGCCCUGGAGGAGAAGAACGGCCUCACCGCCGAACUUGAAAAGACGCGCAAGUACAUGGAGGAGACGGAAAUGCAAAAGGCCGAGAUCAUGAAGGAGCUGGGCAAGUCCCGAUUGGAGAUUGACAAUGUCAAGCGCCAGAUGCUUCAGCAGGAGAUUGCCUACAACAUUCAGCAGACGGAUGCGCUCACGCGUAGCCUGUCUCCGAACGCCGUGGACCCGGCGUCCUUUUCGCGCAGUGCUAGUCAUUCCAGUUUCGACACUCAUUCGCUGCCGCGUCGGACGAAUAAAACGCGCACCCCGAUCGACGACGAUCCCAAUAAGAUUGCGUUCGCUGCGCGUUCGAUGACUGAACAGGAAUGGGAGAAGCUGCAGCAGGCGCAUGUGCUUGCCAAUGUACAGCAGGCGUUUGAUGUUUCCAGUGACGCUGAAUGCGACGACAAUGAGAGUCUCUUUAGUACGGCGGACAUUUUAUCCCCCUCGGGGCAUACGGACGCACAGACGUUGGCGAUGAUGCUGCAGGAGCAGUUGGACGCCAUCAACAACGAGAUUCGGUUGAUACAGGAAGAGAAACAAACCACCGAGGCGAGAGCUGAGGAGUUGGAGUCACGUGUUGGUAGUAUGGAACAUAUGAAUCUUUUGGCCAGAGGGAGAAGUUUGGAGCGGCAGAGUCCACCGGUCAGUGGACGCUCAACUCCCAAGAGCCACCACUCGCCACAGAGGGACUACAUGCAUAAAUAUCACACGGCCCCGGCCUCAAUGUCACCAGCGCAUUUGCACCAGUAUCAUGGCAUGAUGAGUCCAGGCGCCUUAUCCGAGUCGCUGCCGAACAGCCAGCUUCCCAUGCAGCUACAAUUGGCACCCAUCAGCGCGGAAAUGUCGCGCGAGGACAUGCUCAUGGGCGACAGCAGCAGCGGAGGCGGCGCAUCGCCGCUAACGGCGCGCUCCAUGCGUCUGGAAAGGGUCGCACAAGCGUUGGCGCACAGUCAGGAGGAACUGCGAAGACGAACCGGUGCAGGUGGAUUCCCCACAGGAGUUGCCACAUACAGGCCGGGCCAGACACCCCCGUCACCAUUAUCCUCUCGUCAUAGCAGCCAGGAGAGUCUGCACAAAAAUGCAAUGGUGGGCAUGCCGAGGGACGCGUCCGCGGCGGCAGUGGCGGCAGCAGCCGCAGCACAGAAGAAGAAGGGCAUCAAGUCUUCAUUGGGUAGAUUCUUCAGUAAAAAGGAUAAGGUCAAAGGCAAGGAAAUCAGCGAAAGCAAUCUUAGUCUUAGUCAAGCCAGUAUUGGUCUAGCGGACGGGGAACUUAGUGAUUCAAUGAGCAUAUCAGGCAAAUUAGGGCAAAUGGGACAGAAGGGCGAUUUCGAUCGCCGACAGAAGAAGAAGUAUGGUCAACCAAACAGCAGUGCGUCGUCAGUGCUAAUGCAUGACUAUUCCAGGGAACGCGACUACCGGCACGAGCUGCUCGCCGAGGCGAUGAAAGCAGGUACGCCAUUUGCGCUCUGGAACGGGCCGACGAUAGUCGCCUGGCUGGAGCUGUGGGUGGGUAUGCCUGCGUGGUAUGUGGCCGCGUGUCGCGCCAAUGUCAAGUCGGGUGCCAUCAUGAGCGCGCUCAGCGACACCGAGAUUCAGCGCGAGAUCGGCAUCAGCAAUCCGCUGCACCGACUGAAGCUACGCUUAGCCAUUCAGGAGAUGGUUUCGUUGACGUCGCCCAGUGCACCAAAGACGUCGCGCACCACCUUGGCCUUCGGGGAUAUGAACCACGAGUGGAUUGGAAACGCAUGGCUGCCAGCACUUGGACUGCCGCAGUACCGGACCACAUUUAUGGAGUGUUUGGUCGAUGCACGCAUGUUGGAUCAUCUCAACAAGAAGGAUUUGCGUGGGCAGCUAAAGAUGGUUGAUAGUUUUCAUAGAACAAGUCUGCAAUUCGGUAUUCAGUGUUUAAAGAGGAUUAACUACGAUAGGCAUGCACUAGAAGAAAGGAGGAAAAACUGCGAGAAUGUGAUUUCGGAUGUUUUAGUCUGGAGCAAUGAAAGGAUCAUUAGAUGGGUCACUUCGAUAGGAUUAAAGGAAUAUGGUAACAACUUGUUGGAAUCUGGUCUUCAUGGAGCUUUGUUAGCGUUGGACGAAAAUUUUGAUGCCAACAGCAUGGCACUUGCUCUGCAGAUCCCAACGCAGAACACUCAAGCAAGGCAGGUGCUGGAAGUGGAAUUCAUCAAUCUUCUACGCAUCGCCAGAGGCGGCGCGUCGCACCCGGACGACUUGAGCCGCUGCUCCUGAUCAUUCAGCUCCGAACAGUCGCUCGCAGCGAACCAGUAGUGCUCUACCUCCCUCUCGUCGCCGUUCCAUUCCAGAGCUUCGACAAGAGCUUUAUGAUACAAUUUUACAACACAACUUACACUUAUAAAAGUGACGACGGCGCAUUAAUGCAAGAAAUAAACAUACACAUUUACAGAUCGCCAUCACUCGACACACAUUUAGUAAUAAAUAGUAAGUGUAUAAGGAAGCUAGGAUGUUACAAGGACGACCAACCGAACCCCCACCACAACAUGUACCCACACACACACACACACAAAUACACACGACACGUACCCACACAACGCGCAAAUUCCGAAUGCGAAUCGUACCCGAGGAAGCAAAGCGCAAAUGCAAGUAAUUGAGUAAGCCUGUAUCGUAAAUAUUAUUGAUAACGUGUACAUUCGAGAGACAAAUUGUUGUUGUUCUUUGUUGGGGUUGUUAGGGCAGCGCCAGUCAGUAUUAAACACGCGUGUGCCUGCUGCCUGCUUUGUAGACACAUUAUGAAAUUAUGUUUUAUUAUUACGAUACCAAUGUAUUAGCAAGAAAUUUCAUUGACAAACACACGGCGGGCGAGACGUAUGCGACCGAAACACACAGAUUUAUGUAAGACUUGCGUGCGUGUAUAAUAGAAUAAAAGCAUCUUCACGUUGUGAAGCUGCUUGAAAUGGGAUUCUUCCGAGUGUAAGUAACCGAUACCUAAAGUAAAUAAUUUAUGCGAUGUGAUCAGCGCGAGCAUGAGACGAUGACAGUUAUUUCCGUUAUUCCAGUUUUUUAUAUAUACAUUGACGAUCAGUUUCCGUGGACGAUGGCGACGCCGCGACGUUGAUAAUAAAUCGAUGAUAUGAAUGAAAACACAAAUACCAUUACAGUAAUUAAAAUUAUGUAAUUAGCGAGAAAAACGUAUUGUAUACACAUGCUAAAUAUGCUAUAUAAGUCAAGCCCUAAACAAAACAUACCAUUUUUGAAGCAUUGUUACAAAAUAUUAAAAGAUAAUAAAAUGUUAAUGGACGACCGUCUGUAUAUAUUAUACAGAUAAAAGACGUACUUUUUUCUAAGUUUUUAUACAACAUAUUCGUAUUCUGUUCUUACACGUUAUUUAUUAUUUCGAAUUGAUAAUGCGAUGAUGGAAACUAUGACAAAUACUACUAACUAAACGGAAACUACUUACCAGAGGGGAGAAGUAAUGUUAAUUGUAAUGCUUAUUAAACAUACAAGACGAAACAAAACUCAUAAGUAAAAUAAACUACAUUACCACAUAAACCUAACAUAUACAUAAACCUUGUUAUUGAUUGCGAUGCCGAGUGUGUAUACUCUGGGAAUGAUUGUCAUUACUCGUAAUUGAUCUAAUAAUAGUGUUAAUUUAUGUACAUUGUAUUAUACAUAAAUAUAAACGAUGAGACUCGAUCAUUAAAUAAAUAAUAACAAAGGCA